AGGUUAGUUAUAGAUUAAACGGAUAUACGGAUACAUACAAAUUUAAGACGGACACUCGUUUCGAAAAAGAAUAAUUAACAUCAUGUGGGAAAAAUAACUCCGUUCGAAAUUCGUUAACUAUUCAAAACCUAACAUGGAUUCGUUGGAGAGAUCUGAAAUAAUAGGUCCAGUACCUUUUGCAAAUUAUCAAAAUGGCUCUUCUCUGUCAUCACAAAAUUCCCCACCCAAUUUGGGUUGGCAUUUUCCCAUGGAAUAUCAACAUUUAAUACACGAACACUGGCGCUCAUUCCCGGCUCCGCAAAUCUACUAUCAGGCAUUCCUAUUUAUGGCAUUUGUGGCCAUGUUGUUAUGUUCUCUAUUUGGCAAUGGUUUGGUGUUGUGGAUAUUUUCAACAUCCAAAAAUUUACGUACUCCCUCAAAUUUGUUGAUAAUAAAUUUGGCGAUAUUCGAUUUGACAAUGGCUCUUAAUAUGCCACAUUAUAUGAUUAAUGCUGUGUUGGGGUAUUUUUGGGGCGGAGAUUUAGGCUGUGAUAUCUAUGCCGUGAUAGGUGGCAUCUCUGGCCAGGGAGCAGCCGUUACAAACGCUUUUAUCGCCUAUGAUCGUUACAGAACAAUUUCAAAUCCCAUAGAUGGCCGUUUAAAUUUCCCCCAAAUCAUAAUCAUCAUUAUUAUGACAUGGCUAUGGACAACGCCAUUUUCAGUGUUGCCAUUAUUUCACAUUUGGGGGCAUUAUAUACCAGAGGGCUUCCUGACGAGCUGCUCGUUUGAUUAUCUCUCCCAGGACGAUGAGACCCGCUAUUUCGUCCAAUCAAUGUUCGUGUGGGCCUAUUGUAUCCCCAUGAUCAUUAUUUGUGUUUAUUACACCAAACUUUUCCUGCAUGUCCGGGACCAUGAAAAAAUGUUAGCCGAUCAGGCUAAGAAAAUGAACAUCAAAUCCCUGUCGGCCAAUCAAAAUGCAAUGAGUGUUGAAAUUCGCAUUGCCAAGGCAGCCAUGACCAUUUAUAUGAUGUAUGUCUUCUCGUGGACCCCAUAUGCUACGGUGUCGCUAUUGGGUACCUUUAACUAUCGCUAUAUGAUAACACCGUUUGCAUCGAUGAUACCCUGUUGUUGUGCAAAAUUAGUUUCCUGCUUGGAUCCCUGGGUCUAUGCAGCUAGUCAUCCGAAAUAUCGGGCAGAAUUGGAAAGACGUCUUCCCUGGUUGGGGGUGCGUGAAAGAAAUGCCGUGCCCUCGGUGAAUAGUGGCAGCAAUGUGGGAGAUGGUUGUGAUUCAGAAACUGGAACAAUUUCAAUGACCAAUUGUUAAUGGAAUUCAACUAUUAAACAAGGAGUGCAUUCCUUCGAUUGUAUUAUAGUUCAAACUGAAAGCAAUGAAUUUAUAAAAAUU